UGUGUCGAUUACGAGUGUGCGAAAUACGAAUUAAUUUAAAAGGAAGAAAAGGCUUGAAUUAUUUAAAAAAAAAUGCCAAAAGCUACCAGGUGUCGCGCUCGCGGUUGUUUAAGUGAUGUGAAUGUUCGUUAUUUCUCUUUCCCGAAAGAUGCGCGAUUAUUGCAAUUGUGGAGGGACAAUUUGAGGAUCCCGCCUUCAGAGCACAUGCCGGUGCAUAAUGCAUUUCUAUGUAUUAAGCAUUUCGAGGAUAACGCUGUGGGUCCAAAAUAUCUAAAAAAAGGAGCAAUUCCCACCCGUAACUUGGGGUACGAUGAUGAUCCCCCAAACAUGUGGACAGAGAAAAAAAAGAAACGGAGCUGCUGUAUUGAGAGCUGCGUUUCCAAGGAGAAAGCUAUUCUGUAUGCGUUUCCUAGGAACGAAGAUGCUCGUAAUCGUUGGGCUUUGGCUUGCAACGUGAAAGUGUCAAAAACUGACAGGGUUUUUAUUUGUCAACGCCAUUUUGAACCCAGAUUAGUAACAAAAUAUAAACUUUUGAAAGGGGCUUUUCCUUGUUUAAGAUUAGAUCCAGUUAAUAGGAGUCGGUCAGCUAGUGCUGGCUCUGAUUGGGUUAGCCCACCCAUCACCGAAACAUAUAGUACGGUAGCUAAGGAAGAAGAUUUGGAUCUAGAAGAGUUUGAAAAAUGUUCCACAUUAGAGGAAAAAAGUCAGGUUAGUUAUAGGUUUGAGAUCUGCCGGGAAUUUGAAUCCACAAGCCCUACCGAAGGAUUUGCUCAGUCUACUCCCUAUCAAAGCAACACGGCUAAAUUAAAUAAACGAAUAGAAGAACUUGAAAAGGAAAAUAAUGACCUUAAAAAUAAAUAUUCAGAUUUGUUGAAACGUGCGAUAAUUGCGGGAGAAAGUUGUAGCAGCGAUGCAGUCACUUUUGCGGAAAUGAUUGUCAGUACCGAAAAAGAUUGGUAUAAUGAGGACGAAAAGGCAUUAGCACAACAAUUAAACUAUAUAUCCACUAAAGCAUAUUCUUUUAUGCGUGACGUUUUAGGGUUUUGUUUACCUGACAAAUCGUCAGACUUGUGAACCUGAAUUCAGGGUGUCGCAUGCAGGUGAUAUGUUACCGUCCGCUUUUCGCAAAAUAUGCCCAUACUGGUAGUACUCGCAAUGUAAUGUUGCCAAUUAUAAAGCAAAAACCCCAAUUGCAAUAUCUGACGAGUGUUAAGAUCAUCGCAUAAAGCCACGCGACUGUUUAAUAUAAGUACUUCUUUUCGAAUAUGCAAAAUGGCUAUUACGACAAGAAAAAAACCAAGUUAGGUGUCAGAAGUGUGAACAUAAAUUAAAAAAGUUGCCGUAUGUUGUAGGCCAGGGUCCAACAAAAUGAGAAGUCCGGUUCCUUCGACUUCUUCUUGAUUAACGCGAUUUUGGCCGAGUUUAACAAAGCGCGCUAGUCAUUUCUUUCUCGUGCUUACCGGCGCCAGUUGGACGUACCAAAUGAGGCCUACGCAGAGGAGACCUUCCUCUUCCUCUGCUACCACCAGCUGAUACCGCAUCGAAUACUUUUAGAGCCGGAACGUUUGUACCCAUUCGGAUGAUAAGACCCAGCAAGUGAAGCGGUUGGAUUUUUAUUCGCUGCGCUCAAUUUAUGUCGUCGUAAAGCUCAUAUGGCCCAUUGUUUCAUCGCGUGCGAUACUCACCGACCGUGUAAAGGUCUGAAAAUCUUCCUCAGAAACGUUCUCUCAAACACUACAAGGGACCCCUUAUCAGAUAUUGUCAUCGUCCAAGCUUCUUCGCCAUACGUUAGGAUAGGCAUGAUGAGAGCCUUGUAGAGUGCUAGUUGUGUUCGUCGAGAGAGGACUUUACUACUCAAUUACCUACUUAAUCCAAAGUAGCAUUUGCUGGCAAGAGAUAUUCUCCGUUGGAUUUCAUGGCUGACAUUGGCUGGUUCCUAGAUACACGAAGUGUCUUACAACCUCGAAAUCGUAACUAUCAACAGUGACGGGGGGUGCACAGUUCCUUAGGGAAAUUUUUAUCUCAUGACAAUAAUAAAAAUAAAUAAAAAAAUAUUACAAUACAUUUCAGUAAUGGGCAUUAGCAUAAAUUUAAAUAAUAAAUAAAUUUGCUAAUUUGCCAAUUCCAGCCUGAUUUGUGUUAGAAACAAAUCAAAUUAAUAUUUUCAUAGACACAGCAAGAUGGCAUAUGGCACACAUGGGACAGCGCGCACUUGCCACACCAACAAUAUGGCUAUUCGCUAAAAAAGCUCAGGGAAUCCAGCGCACAUUCAUACCUACAACAUUGUGCCCAAAGGUGUGAAUCAUUAAGCGUCAAGAACUUUUUUUUUUAUAAUUUACUUGUACAGCUUUUUAGGUGUUUUCUAUGAAGUAGUAUAUAAUUUAUUUAUUUAUUUAUUCAUUAAUGUUUAACAAAAUUCAGAACAGACAUUUAAGAUAUAUAUUCAGAAUUAAAUUACAAAUUAACAAUAUUUAAAAUAAAAAAGUGUACAUAGUA